CAAGUGAUACGACGCGAAAGCGGAAAGAGGUAGACCACGAGUACACAGGAAGAAAGAAAUCAACGCGAUAUAUAUAUUUUAAUGAGCGAAAACGGUAGGAAACGAGAUUAUUUCGAUUUUCAAGCGACUUAAGAAUGUCUCGAGACUCCACGAUGCAGUAGCAAUAAUAUUGGAGCAUAAUGACGAAGAUUGAGAGCGAUUGAAAGCGAUUGUGUUAUCGAAAAUUCGCGCGAAUCUCAGUGCCGCAGUGCCGGUGCAUUGCGUCGCGUCGCGGUGUAGCGAUCGCAUUCCUCAACGCAUCGUCUUCUUUUCCCAAACGAGUGCUCGAGGAAGGAACACUUCCGAGGCGUCUUUCUUUGUCGAGGGCCUCGAAAAUGUGGCGUUCCUCGGGCAAGACUACUCUAAUGGUGGAGCACGUUGUGGAGGACAGCAAGAAGCAGCGCGACGACGACGAGUCCGCAACGGGCAACGUAGAUUCUGGAUUCCUGUCAGACGGCAAUAUGCAGCUCAGCGAUGAGAUCGGCGACUCGGGGUUGCAACAGGAACGGCAGCAGAGCAAAGAGGAGCAGAUACCCGCACCGAUCACGUCGACGAUGACGGGUACAGUCGCAUCAUUGUCGACAGUGAUCGCGGAAGACUCAACGAGGACUAUCGACAGCGGCAUCGUGGAUGUCGAUCUCAGCACGGGCCUGAGCCAUCUCACUCUGCAACAGAAUCUGAAUCGGCUCGAUCGACCCGGCGGAUUAAUUCAGACCGAACCGACGAAUCUCCUGCUGUCAUCCGUGAACGCGAGUCCGACGGCGAAUUGCACCGAAUUGCAAGAUCAUAGAAACGCUGUCUCUGCACAACAGAACAGUGGCGAAAAGGCGAUUAACGAGGAGUUUUGGCAGUUUUACACGCAGGACGAUGAUGGUGACACGCAGUUGCACAUUGCGAUCAUGCAGGGCUACGUACAGGCGGCUAUCAUUCUGAUAAGGAUAGCACCUCAUCCGAGCUGGUUGAACAUCCUGAAUGACGACUGGGAAUCGCCUCUGCACUUAGCAGUGAUGAUGCACCAGCCUCUGAUAAUCAGGCCACUGAUCCUGGCAGGCGCAGAUCCGUCUGUAAGAGACUUCCGUGGGAACACACCUCUUCAUCUAGUUUGUGCGAACGGCGAUCUAACUUGCGCCAAGGCUCUUACGGAUCCAUUAUCCCCGAUGGAGAGAAAUCAGUUGUGGCCUGGACAAAAAGUACCCGCUUUACCUCAAAAUUUGGAGCAACGCAAUUAUAUCGGUGAGACUUGCUUACACGUGGCCGCCGCUAACGGACACGUGAACCUGGUGCGUCUUCUGCUGCGCCUCGGCGCCGAUCUCGAAGCGAGAGAAUGUUUGGCGGGAAGGACUGCUCUUCAUAUCGCGAUGGAGCGUGGAUGCCGAUCAGUAGUCACUUUCCUGCUGCAAGAAUGUAAGCCCAGUCUAGACACGCAGACGUACAACGGUUUAACGGCCUACCAGCUGGCAUUGUGCAUCGACAGCCAGCUCGCUAGAGAACUGGUGCGAUUAGGCGCAAAACCACAACCGCUGCCGGACUCUGAUUCCGAGAACAGUGACGACGAGAUAACGAACGAUGGGAAUUACGAAGAAGCAAGUUACUUGCCUGCGAUCAAGAUGCAAAACGCAGUCGGGGUGAGAGUCUGAAGUGUCAUUGACAAGUGGAUAUGUCGAUUAAAUUGAUGAAUGAACAGCAGACAUCAGGUGAUUGUUGAACAAAAUGCAUAGAAAGAGAGCGUAUUCUAUACAAUACGCGUACGUAGAAGCACGUAUCCUGAGUUGCAUUAAUGUAACGAGAUUAUCAUAAUUCUACGAAUUUUAGGCUUAAUCAUUUUCAUCAACGAGGCAAAUUUAGCAAGCAAUCGCCACCAGAAAAUGAAAAUCAGAUAAAAUUCUCUGUCAAAUUUGAUUACUUUAAUCAAUGGGAACAAAUUUAGACAAUUGUCGCCUGAAAA